AUGGCUGAUGAGGCCCAGGGUGAGCUACUCUUCAAAGUCAGAUCCCUGCUACGACGCUGGGGAAGGAGCUGCUGCUGCCACCGACCGCAAGGCCGAGUUCCCGGUGGAGGGGUGGGCGGUUGCCCUCACUCGACAUGGCCGCCGCCCUCACCUGUUGCGGCCGCUUACCCUCACUCGCUGCGGCGGUCUGCUGUCACCAGCCGUGGCCAUAUGCCCACACUCAACAUGGUGGCCGCGGCCUCAACGCCUGCCGCUCGGUGCGCCUGCGCCGGCGCCAUGCAGCGUGCGGCGCGAGCUCUGGCCUGGGCUCUGCUCCGCACCGCGCAGCCAUGGCGGCCGCGCCGCUCCUCGACCCACUCACAGCUUCGCCGUCCGGCCUGCAGUGCCGCCUCCGCGGGGCAGGUGAAGUCCACGCACUAUGGGCUGGUGUACACCUGCAAGGUCUGCCAGACCCGAUCAGCCAAAACAAUCUCCAAGCUGGCCUAUCAUAACGGGGUGGUGAUAGUGAAGUGUCCCGGCUGCGGGAAUCACCACGUCAUAGCCGAUAACCUGGGCUGGUUCUCAGACCUGGAGGGCAAGAGGAAUAUUGAGGAGAUCCUGGCUGCCAAAGGGGAGAAGGUGAGACGUGUGGUUGGUGAGGAAGCUGUGGAACUGCUUCUGGAAAGCUCGGCAGAUACCGGGUCUCAAGGUCAGUCCUCAGAGGGACAAAGUGGGGAACUGCCUCCAGAGACUAGCAGCAAGGGACAGACCUGAUUUGUGUCAUUCUGCUGAUGGCAGGAGAGACUUCUAACCUUUAUUCCAUGAUUUCAACAGUCUGUGUUUAAAAUAAA